AAAAUAGGCCAAUCAAUGAACAUCCUAGAGAAGACUGUUAACAGUCUGCACAGGCAGUCACAAAAGAUCAUAUAUUGGUAUUGGAAAGAGAGAGAGGGAAAGAAGAUGAACCAGAACCCAAAUCAGAACCAGAACCAGCAACCGAGCGACGGCGGAAAGCACGAGGAUGACGCCGCCCUCACCGACUUCCUCGCCUCCCUGAGGGACUACACCCCCACCAUGCCCGACGAGCUCGUGGAGCAUUACUUGGCGAAAAGCGGCUAAUGCCCCGACGUUCGAUUAAUUAGGUUGGUAGCUGUCGCCACGCAAAAGUUUGUUUCUGAGGUCGCAACUGAUGCUCUUCAGCAAUGCAAAGCGAGGCAGGCUUCUAUAGUCAAAGACAAAAGGGACAAACAACAAAAGGAUAAGCGUCUAAUAUUGACAAUGGAAGACCUGUCAAGAGCGUUGCGUGAGUAUGGCGUUAAUGUGAAGCACCAAGAAUAUUUUGCGGACUGCCCUUCGAAUGGGAUGGAUCCUGCAACACGGGAAGAGUAAUUUGCAAUUAGAUUUGUGUUAUACCAUUUACAGUCUGGUUGUAUUAAUAAAUCUGAGGGGAUUAGGCGAUGCUCGAUCACUCUUGCUUUUGCUUCGCGACUCUUUCUUUGCUUCGUGUACUUGCAAUUUUUGAGGCGGAAGUUUUUCUCGAUAUCAAGUAGUUAACUUGUACAUGUAUGGAUUUAUUAGUAAAAUGAUUGCAUCUCGUUUAGUUCA